GACCCCCCCCUGCAGCCGAACAAAAAAAAAAAAAGGGAACCCGGCACCAGCCUUUGAAAAACCGGUGAGGAAGCUUGGUUUUGGCCUUCUUUUCUUGUUCAAGAACAAGAUUGGAGCCUUGAAACCUUCCCCCCCUGCAGGAAAAUCCGGAUCUGCUCUGCUCCUCCUCUUCACCGCCAGCUGCUCCUGCUUUGUGGGGUGUGAUUUGCUCCAGUUUCUGAUUGCGUGAUUCUUCCCUGCACUGCCGCCGGCUUCUCCCCCUGCUAGGUCCGGUUUGCAGCUGCUAAAUUCUGUGACUCUACUAGUGGGGGUUAAACGCUAGUACAUGUCGACAUGUUAUUGAUAGAACCGGUUCGUUCAACCCUGCUAGUGGCGAUUAUACACAAGCAAAUAGUGUGCCUGCCAGUGGGAGGUUUAUAACACUGGCCGUGACCUAUAGAGGAGACGUCUAUUUCGUUCUCGUACUGUAUCCGUUUUUCGUGAUUACACUUGUUGGCAUGCUAUAAGUUUAAUAAGGGGCACUCUAUAUUUACUUACUGAGUUAUCUUGUCCACCAUUUCAAGAAGCAAACCGACGGGAAAACCACAGGAAGUGACGAGUUAGAAGGCUAGACAUCUUGUAAAUUGAGCAUAGAUUUAGAUCUAAACCAUGAUCUUGUAAACUAGACUUUAUUUGGAAAUUUAUGAUAUUAGAGCAAAUUUUAAAAUUUGAUCUUCAGAUUUUGAUGAAUGUCAGAUCCAGAGGGGACACUAUUAGGCAGCACCUUGUAGGCUUGUACCCUUCCACAGGACGUUGGCCCCCCGAUGUCGUCAAUAGAUCGUCAAUACGCUUCUUAAAAAUGUAAUUUUUCUCAUGGAUUUUGGGAUUCUUCACCUGAAUCCAAUUUGUGUUUUUUUUUUAGCCCAUUUAAAGUUUCACCUUUGGGUUAUAGAAUGAUUCUGUCCUUUGAAGAAUGCUUGCUUUAAGAGGUUUGUUGUUGUGAACUUUCUUAUUAAAUUGGCUAUUUGGUCCACUUUUGAUCAUACAGGGAAACAAUAUUCAUCUCCAGAGGAAAUGAGAAAGGUAGCUUGCUGUUGGGUGUUGUUGGUUAUUUCCAUUAGUUACUUAUCUCAGUCAAUUACUCUUAUACUUCUGUUACCCCUAAUACUUGUGCCCAACUGUGGCUAUUCUGUCAAAACCGCUUCCUAAGGUGAAAAAGAUUAUGUACAAGUUGGAUUUGAGGGAUUCUUUUUCUUAUCUUUGUUGCCCAACCGUUGGUGCUGCUGAAUAUAAUAAACAUGUGAAAAUUCCAAUUGCCUUUGUGGUUGCUCUGGAAAGUCACAACAAAAUGAAAGGCGAUGCCCUUGAAAGAUUGGUUCCAGGAUAUGAUCUUUAGGACCCCUCUGUCAGCAAGCAACCCAAGACACGUAUGACGGGUCAUUAACAGGUAAAAAGUAUGACUGCUACAUUUUUGUCUUAUUGCGAUCCAUGUUGGUGGUAGCCCUUGUUUGUUAGAGUACAACUAUGAUUUGUCUCCGUUUUAAUCCCUUAUCAAGAACGCUGUCAGAAGUUAUGUUACAUAUUUCUGCUGUUAUUUUCUUCUGCAUAGAAAUGCAAACUCUAUAAUGUGUUUUGGUUUGUUGUAGCUUGUAAACCAUGCUUAUUUCUCACCCAACACGCAAUGGAUUGCGGGUGCCUCUUUUGAUAAACAGUCAAAUUUUGG